AUGCGUGCCCCACCACCACUUAUCAAGGUCAACUGUGUCGGGCUCCUCAAGACCAGGGUCACUAAGAAACCCCAUCAGCUGUGGCACCUGGACAGCUCGCAGACAACUUGUCUCUGGGCGCCCAUGCCUUGCCCCAUCAAGGAAGGCGAAUUUGACUGGGACGACGAGAUGCAGGGGUACAUCCUGUCGUCGUAUUACUAUGGGUACGCAGCGACCAACAUACUUGGUGGCUACGCAGCGGCACGGUUCAGCGCUCGCUGGGUGUACGGAAUGGGACUCCUCACCGCAGGGGUGUUUACGGCUCUCGGACCUCUUUGCGCCUACGCUGGAGCCAUUUUGUUCAUGUUUUCACGCAUUAUCGUCGGGUUAGCAUCGGGCGUCAUAAUUCCAGCGAUGCACGUCCUCUUCCCAAAGUGGUUCCCCGAGAGUGAGCGGCAGAGAAUAACAGGAGCAUUGUUUUCAGCAACGUAUCUAGGUACUGUGCUCUCAAUGGCGUCGUCAGGAUCCAUGGUGAAGAAUCUGGGGUGGACUUCUGUCUUUUACAUAUACGGUGGCAUCACAAUAUUCUCAGUACUUCCCUGGUUUUAUUUUGUGUACGACGAGCCGGAAUCUCACCCCAGAGUCUCAGAAAAAGAGAAGAUCUACAUCCUCGAAAAUACGAAGCGUAAUCGUGCAAAAAAGACUGAGAAGAAUACUGAGUCACACCAUAAGCAUCUUUGUAAUUGA